AUGAUUGGCAACGCAUCAAGUGACAACAGCAACUACACCAUGCUACACCAUGCUACACCAUGCUACAUGUAUUUUAUUUCAAUUUUUCCUCAAAUUUGUAAUUCCCCUCUGCUCCUUGCAGUGAUCACCACAUCCCGGCCGAGCAACGAGGCGGAGGUGCAGCUGUAUCGGGUGCUGCAACGCGCCAGUCUGCUGGCCUAUUACGAUACGCUGCUGGAGAUGGGCGGCGAUGAUGUGCAGCAGCUGUACGAUGCCGGCGAGGAGGAGUUCCUCGAGAUAAUGGCGCUGGUGGGCAUGGCCUCCAAGCCGCUGCACGUGCGCCGCCUGCAGAAGGCGCUGCACGAAUGGGCCAACAAUCCCGGCCUGUUCCAAGGUCCCAUGUUGCCGCAGCUAGGUCUGUGUGAGACGCCCACCAAGCUGCCCGCCCUGGUCUUUAAUCCGGACGCAACGCCCGCUCUGCCACGCAAUAAAUUUGCUUCCUUUCAGCCCGCAACGGUGCCGUUGGCGACGGCCUCAUCGCCGGCGACGGCGCCGGCGCCGGCAACCACGCAUCUGCUCGCACAGAUUAGCGCGCCAGUGCUGUGCCCGACGCUGCCCGCCGUCCAGCUGCAGAGUCCAACGCCCGCGCAACUGGUGCUGCCCGCCAGCACGCUGGCCAGCAAUUCCGGCUGUGUGGCAGGCGUUGCCUCUGCGGUUGUUGCCGCCAGCACUGCCCACCAGGUGUCCUCGAGCUCGCCGCAGCUGACACCGGUGCUGACCGAGCUGCAGGUGCAGCGGAUAGCCAUGUGUGCGGCCAAGAUUGCCCGGCAGCUGCCGCAGCGCGAGCCGCGGGCACAGACCUCCAAAAAGCGCACGACACGCGAACUGGAGCAGGUGAUUGCGAUGGGUGAGCACGAUCCGCGACGCAUGGAUGAGAUACGUAAGUACUCGGCGAUCUAUGGCCGUUUCGAUUGCAAGCGACGUCCGGAGAAGCCGCUCACCCUGCACGAGGUCUGUGUCAAUGAGGCGGCCGCCCAGCUCUGUCGCAAUCCGCAAACGAUUUGGCUGCUCACACGCCGGGACGAGCUCUUUCCUUUAGCCCGCCAGAUUGUCAAGGAUGCGGGCUUUGGCCAUUCGGCGAGCAUCGCUCGCUACGGCGGCCUGCUCACCCAGCUGCCCGCCCAGGGCAAUCUGCAGCGUGGUGCUCCGAUCGAUGUGGACUGUGAGUCCAGCGAUUCGGCUGCAGCGCUGCCGACGAAGCGGCUGCGUCUCUCCUCCACGGAGGCGGCACAGUUGCCCAUGGAACUGAAUCGGGAAGCUGUUGAGGAUUCGCGCUACAAUCUCUUUGCCAUGUACCAAAAGUUCGCCAAGCCGCCGUUCGAUUUGACGGAAAUCGCCAAGUUCUCCUUGGGCAAAACGGCAGACUUUGAGGACAACGAUUCGCGCUUCUCCUUCAGCAACUCGAGCAACUCCCCGCCCAUGCCAGGCAAUGGUCUGGAAAGUGAACGCUCGCCGGUCUCAUCGCUGGACGCCUGCCCUGCCAAACAGUGUGGCUCUGGCGAGCUGAGCUUGGGACCUGAAACUGUCGAUCUAACAGCUGCCGGCGUACAGGUCAUAUCCGCAGCGGGUGAUAACAUAAUUGCCGUGGCAAAUCCGGCCCUGGCACUCAGUCCCACCUUGAACGAGGUGCUCAAGCGUAAUGCUGCCUCACCGGAAGCCUAGACCAGCAACUGCAAGAAUCUAUCUAAUUAUCAAAUGUCUAGUGCCAGUUGUAGAACAUAAGAAUUUCAGUGCAAUUUAAUUAAAUACAAUUUGUUAGACUUAAGUCGGAUAUUAAAUCAAUAAUUAGCCUGUAAA